GGGAUCACUCUCGUCAUUCGGCCAAGGUAGUCAUGGCUGAUUGCAAGGCUGGACCUCUGCUCGUUUUUGCUCUCACGGUGGUGAUGAACAUAUUUGCAUCCUGCCUAGGAGCCAAUGUUAAAUUAGGUGUGCCUGAGAACUACGAUGGCAUUUUCCCCUGGUAUUUAGCCAAGCUCCACAGCCUGACAGGCAAUUACAGCGACUUAGUGGUGACGGGGGACGGUGAAGGUAUUUUUGGAGUGGACAGCCAGUUCCUUUAUGCCCUGAAACCACUGGACCGGGAGAAGCAGCCAUCUUACUCUCUGCAGGUUUCUUUCAGAGCAUCAGGGCAACUCCAGAGCUUCACGGUCGAAGUGUGCGUCAUAGACAAGAACGACAACGUGCCCACUUUCAUUCAGGAAAGCAUGCGAGGCAGCGUGCAGCUCGGCCUUCUCAAAGGGAUACCCUUCAUGCAGGUGGAGGCGCUGGACCGCGAUGACCGCAAGACCGCCCACGCCGAGCUACGAUUCCGCCUGAUGGAGCAGACCCCCAGGAUCCCCUCCCCUCAGAUGUUCUUCAUUGACUCCGUCACGGGAGAGGUUUCCCUCACAGAGGACGGAGCCUCCACACUGGACCCCGAGAUGUGCGGCAGAUACAAACUGUCAGUGAUGGUGAAGGACAUGGCGGGGAAGUCCAACGCCUUCUUCGCCACCGGCAUCGUUAUCGUGGAGGUGACCGGGAACACCUGGGCAUCGCCCGAUCCCGUCCGACUGCAGGAGAACCUCCCGGGACCCUAUCCCAUCCCCAUCUCCCAGGUGAAGUGGAGUGGAAGUCGAGCAGAGUACAGUCUGGAGGGGGAGUUUCCAGAGAUGCUCUUCACCAUCAGCAGGGAAGGAGUCAUUUGUCACGCCCCCCUGGACAGAGAAACACAAGACCAGUUCCUGAUCAGCAUCGUGGUGGAGCGUCCAGACGGCCGAGCCAUCGCCAAACCGGUGGAGCUGAGGGUGAUGGUGGGCGACGCCAACGACAACAGACCCACCUUUCCACAGGCACAGUACCACACCGUGGUCAAGGAACUGGCAGCUCGAGGGACGGAAAUCUUGACGGUUCAGGCGGCCGACAACGACGACCCUAAGACCGACAACGUGCGGAUCUUUUAUCGCUUGGUGGGACAAAUCCCAGAGAGUCCUCGCGCUCUGUUCAGAGUGGACCGGGACUCUGGGGUCAUCUCUGUCCAAGCAGACAGCAUGGAGGGAACGGCCCCCCAGUACACACUCACCAUCACUGCUGAAGACGCUAAAGGUCUGAACAGUUCCUGCACGGUGGUGGUGACGGUGCAAGACGAGAACAACAACCCGCCGGUCUUCUCCCAACACGAGUACGGACCUUACCACAUCCCGGAAGAUGCUUCGGUGGGCACCAUAGUAACAGCUGUGCUGGCAGGCGACGCUGAUGUGCGAGGAGGCGACAGCUGGCAGGUCAACUACCGCUUCGAGUGUGGAAACGAGGAGGAGGUCUUCUCAUUGAUGACGGACAGGCAAACCAACGAGGUCUCACUUGUUCUUUCAAAGGUUCUCGACUUUGAGCGUGAGAGCGAGUACAUCCUGGUUCUAAGUGUCCAGAAUCCGGUGGCUUUGGUCCGGGGCCGCUACGGUCCAUCAUCCACAGCAACAGUAUCGAUCUACGUCGACGACGUCAAUGAAGGUCCCAUUCUGUCCCAAAGCCAUUACGAGGUGACGGUCAGAGAGGGCGAGGAACCGGGCCGCGUGAUCGCCACUAUCCGAGGCUACGACCCCGACUCUCACCCCAUCAGGUAUUCUCUUCAAGGGGACACCAAGAAGUACUUUUCGAUCGGGAAAUAUUCCGGGGAAUUGAAGACUGUGCAGGCCUUGGACCGAGAGGAGAACAGCACAUACACCAUGGAGGUCAUUGCAGUGGAUGGACGUAAGUUGGCUUUGACUAUUACAGGAUCCUAG